CUCAGUCUGGUGUGGCACUUGUGCGGAGAAGCAACUGGGCACUUUUUUCCUUCAUCGGGACUACGACACAUUUCUAGCACUUUCUUAGUCCUUCGUCCGCGAUCUCAACCUCGAAGGACCAUCGGAGCGCAGAUUGGCGCAGUCGCAAAUAAUUAACUAGAAAAGAAGGAGUGGAAGGAGAAGAAAACAGUGAAGUGAAAUAAAAAAGAAAAAGAUAAAGAAAGAAAUAUUAUGAGGAUGGAAUAACAAAAAACGACACAACGCAUGUAUAAAGAAAGAAAGGAGAGAACACAAGACUCGAAAUUCUUCACAACAAACAAAAGAGCAGAGUCGAUGAAGUUCUAAGCGCGUGUCUAAAGGAUCGAAACCUAUUCCCCCCAAAAUACCUUCCACCAUGAAGAUCCUAAUCCUCACGACCUUUUUCGUCAUCAGUUGUUGCAUGUUGCGAAGCCAUGCACUUCCCAAUCAGAUCGUUAUCGGCGGCAUAUUCGACGAGAAGGACAAGCUGCUCGAACUGGCCUUCCGCUAUGCCGUCGAGCGCAUCAACAACGACCGGUCGACUCUCACGCACUCGACCCUCGUGGCUCAGCCGGUCUGGCUCCCCGCCGACGACUCGUACAGGGCGGCGAGGGACGUGUGCAGCAUCCUGCGCACCCCCGUGGCCGCCAUCUUCGGGCCGCAGAUGGAGAAGACCGCGAAUCACGUCCAGUCCAUCUGCGACGCCAUGGAAAUCCCUCACAUCGAGACCCGCUGGGAUUACAAGCUCAGGCGGGAUGCCUACUCCAUCAACUUGUAUCCGUAUCCUCCUUCGCUGAGUGAGGCCUACCGCAAAAUCCUCUUGGCUCUGAAAUGGAAGGAAUUCGUCAUUCUCUACGACACGAACGACGCCCUGGUCAGAGUGCAGACGCUGCUGAGGGAGGGCUCGUUUUCAGUGACCGUCCGACAGUUGGAGGGAGAGGACUUCAGGCCGCUGCUGAAGGAGAUCCGCCGGUCGCAGCAGAAGCGCAUCGUGCUCGACGUGCACAGCAGCCUCAUCUACACCGUGCUGAAGCAGGCCGCGCAGAUUGGCCUCAUGGGAGACUAUUACAACUACUUCAUCACAUCCCUUGACUUCAACCAAGUGGAUUUAGAUGAAUUCAAGUACUCGGGCACGAACAUCACCGGAAUCCAGCUGAUUGACCCCAAGAAGCUGCAUCACAUUGUCGAGGAUUGGAAAUUCGGCGAGAGGAGAUUUGCACGAAUUCUCACGCCGGAUCUCCUGAAGGUCACGACCGAGGCCGCCCUCAUGUACGACGCCGUGUCCCUGUUCGCCAAGGGCCUGGACACCCUCAGCAGCUCCCACGACGUCGACAUCGAGAAGGUGUACUGCGAGGGCGACAAGACGUGGCAGCACGGCGACUCCCUCAUAAACUACAUGAAGUGGUACGGCUCGCCGCCCCAGUUCGGGGAGAGCUACAAGAUGGGGCGGAACUUCAGCUCGUACAGCGGGCCGGUCAUCGGGCUCACGGGGCUGGUGAGGUUCGACCGCAUGGGCUUCAGGUCGGACUUCGAGCUGGACAUCGUCGAGAUGGAUCAGAACGAGACGCUGAAGAAGGUGGGCACGUGGAGCCUGAGCGGGCACGUGAACUAUACCAAGUCGUGGGCAGACACCAAGGGCGCGGUGGAGAAGAACCUCAAGAACAAGACUCUCAUUGUGAUGGUCGCUAAGGCCGACCCUUACGUAAUGAUGAAACAGGACCCGAUGCCCUUAGCCGGAAACGACCAGUUCGAGGGCUUCUGCAUCGAUCUCAUCCACGAGAUUUCGCUCAUCAGGGGCUUCAACUACACGUACAAACUUGUUCCUGACGGGUCGUACGGCAGCAGAGACCAGAUCACAGGCGAAUGGAACGGCAUCGUCAGACAGCUGAUGGACCACAAGGCAGAUUUAGGCAUCGUCGACUUCACGAUCACGUACGAGCGAGAGGAGGCGGUGGACUUCAGCAUGCCGUUCAUGAACCUCGGCAUCAGCAUCAUCUACAAGAAACCGCAGAAGAAGGCGCCCAGUCUCUUCUCCUUCACGUCCCCCUUCUCGCCCGACGUCUGGCUGUACAUGGCCACGGCGUACCUCGGGGUCUCCGUCCUCCUGUUCAUCUUGGCCAGGAUCGCGCCAAAUGAAUGGGAUAACCCUCACCCUUGCAUCCAGGACCCCGAGGAACUCGAGAACGCCAUCAGCCUAAGCAAUGCCUUCUGGUUCACAAUCGGGUCUCUUAUGCAACAGGGGUCCGAUAUUGCACCCAAAGCCGUCUCCACCCGCAUCGUGGCCGGCAUCUGGUGGUUCUUCACCCUUAUCAUGAUCUCCUCGUACACCGCCAACCUCGCCGCUUUCCUGACGGUGGAGAGGAUGGACUCCCCGAUCGAGGGCGCGGAGGACCUGGCGAAGCAGACGAAGAUCAAGUACGGCUGCAAGGAAGGCGGGUCCACGUACGCCUUCUUCAGGGACAGCACCAUCCCCACGUACCAGCGCAUGUGGGCGGCCAUGUCGAGCGCCCGCCCCUCGGUCUUCACGGACACGAACGAGGCCGGGGUCGAGCGCGUGUCCAAGUCGAACGGGCAGUACGCCUUCCUGAUGGAGUCGUCGUCGAUCGAGUUCCAGGUCGAGAGGCGCUGUGACCUCAUGCAGGUCGGCGGGCUGCUCGACUCCAAGAGCUAUGGCAUCGCUCUGCCGCCGGAAUCACCUUACACGGAUCCUAUAAGUUCGGCUGUCUUGAGACUCAAAGAAAACGGGAAACUCCACCAACUGAAAACGAGAUGGUGGAAGGAACGGUCGGGCGGGCGGUGCACGACGGAGGAGAAGAAGGACGCCGCCUCGGCCGCCGAGCUCGGCCUGGAGAACGUGGGCGGCGUGUUCGUGGUGAUGGUGGGCGGGAUACUGCUCGCCUGCCUCACCGCGUGCUGCGAGUUCGCGUGGAAGGCCAGGAAGCUCGCCACCGAUGAAGGGAUGUCCUUCACGGAGGAGCUCAAGAAGGAGCUCCUGUUCAUCGUCAAGUGCAACGAGAACUCGAAGCCCGUCAGGAAGAAGCUUUCGCCCGCAGACACUGACACCUCGACCGGCUACAGCUCAUCCUCGACCUACGAUUACUCCAACGGACAUAAUAAGUAUGGUUAUUAGGAGGGAGGAAUAGGAGGAGGAAGAAGAAGAAGAAGAAGAAGAAAAGGAGGAGGGGGAGAGGGAGAGGAAGGGGGAGGGGGAGGAAGAGUAAGAAGAAAAAGAGAUUAGGGUGACGUUGGGGAAGUAGAAGGAAAUGCAGAAGAUGAAGAAGACAUAAAAGGUGGGGAUGACGAAGAAGAUACAGAAGAUGAUGAAGAAGACAUAAAAGAUGAUGAAGAAGGAGAAACCGAAGACACAGAAAAAGAGAAAUGAAGAAGAAGAAGACACAGGAAGUGAUGAAGAAGAAGGGAGAAACAGAAAGACGAAAGAGAGUGGAUAAGAAAUAAGAUUAGGAUUUAUUUGGGUUCUGUAUUAGUGUUCUUAUAGCUCUGAAAUCUCAUCAGAAUUAGCGCUAAAUAUUCACAAGCUUCCCGCCAAUUCUUUGCUUUCACUUAGUAAACACAAAUUGUUUGGCUUUACUCAUCACAGUGAGUUGCUACAGCGCUCUUUCGCUAUUUCGUGUUUUUCUUAUCAUCUCUGUUGAAGAUUAUGCUUCGUUUAUUGAUAUCUUUAAGCAUAGUUGUAACUUAGAAUAUUAUUUUCUGUAUUGUUCCCUGUUCUCAUAAAUUGUAUAGUCUUUA